ACGUACCCACAGUUCACCCCUGUAACCUAAAACCCUUAAAACCCCAAAGAGACGAUCAGAAGAAAUUUUCUUUGUUCUACCAUGAUCGAGGGCAAAUUGAUUUCGUUUCUGAGGAAAUCCAAUCCCGUUACUCAAAAAUUGAGGGGAUGUAAAUCAUUUUGCGCUCCUGGUGGGCUGAUAAAUGAAUCCCAAUCAAGAUUAUACUCUUCAUUACCGAGAUUGAUCCCUGCUUUCACGCCGCCAGCCGCGAGGGGCUACAUUGGCCAUGGUUUGAGAUCGCUUCUGCAAAAUAAUUGUAAGAACUUCUCUAAGCUACCAUUCAGGAAUAUCUCCAGUGCAGCCUCCAUAUCUGCAAAAAAUAAGGAAGGCGUGAAGCUUCUCGUAACUGCUGGACCACAUGCUCAGAAAGCAGUUGGUGCUUGGCUAUUUGUGUCUGCUGCUUGGGUGUUUAGCAUGGUGGUUCUUGGUGGUGUUACGCGGCUGACUAGAUCUGGCCUUUCAAUGACUGACUGGAAAUUUACUGGAAGUCUUCCGCCGCUCUCGGAUGAAGAAUGGCUUGUAGAAUUUGAAAAAUACAAGCAAUCCCCUGAAUACAAGCGGAUAAACAAAGGGAUGAAUCUUGAUGACUUUAAAUUCAUAUAUUGGAUGGAGUAUGCCCAUCGUAUGUGGGGAAGGGCAUUGGGUAUUAUGUUUGCACUACCCUUUUCAUAUUUUCUACGAAAAGGAUACAUUACUCUCCGUUUGGGAGUAAGACUCUCUGGAUUAUUUGCUCUUGGUGCUGGUCAGGGAUUGAUAGGCUGGUGGAUGGUCAAGAGUGGUUUGGAGGAACCUGUAUCUGAGUAUGCUGAACCAAGGGUAAGCCCAUAUCGCCUUACAGCCCAUUUAACUUCGGCAUUUGUUAUAUAUGCUGGGCUCUUUUGGACUGCUCUUUCUGUUGUUAUGCCUGAACCUCCUACGGAAUCCAUAGCCUGGGUCCAAGGGUCAGCAAAGGUCAGGCGAAUUGCUCUUCCAGUAAGUCUUCUUGUUGGGAUAACUGCCAUCUCGGGAGCAUUUGUUGCUGGGAAUGAUGCUGGCCGUGCAUUUAAUACUUUCCCAAAGAUGGGCGAUGCAUGGAUUCCAGAUGACAUCUUUAGCCUGAAACCGUUGAUUCGAAAUUUCUUUGAAAAUACAUCAACUGUGCAGCUUGACCAUCGGAUACUUGCUACGGCAACCUUAUUUUCAAUUGGUGGAUUGUGGUGGUCCGCAAGAAAAGUUGAUUUACAUCCUGCAAUACGGUCUUUAUUAGGAAGCACUUUGGGCAUGGCUGCUCUUCAGGUUACCUUGGGGAUAUCUACUCUUCUCUCUUAUGUUCCAGUUUCACUCGGCUCUGCUCAUCAGGCUGGAGCUUUGACUCUUUUGACCCUAACAAUUCUUCUCAACCACACUCUUCGACGGCCCUCAUUGCAACUUCUGAAAACACUUCCAGCUGUAGUGAAAACUGCAUGAUCAUUUAGGCUUUGAUUGCACAGACUUUCAGAUCGAUCAGGCUUGGGUUCACAAUCACCAUCGUGCUCGGACCCUUGCUCUGUUUUCAACCAUUCUGUUUAUUGCCAAUCAGCGCCUAUUUUGGCAGUCAAUCGAUCCAACUCUGCAUCUUAUUUUUACAAAUUCCACAAUUUGUUAUGAACUUUGGGCACAUGCCAAGAUUAAUACACCAACAAUAUUCAACGGUUGUACAGUGUUGUGUCUAAUCUAGUCAAUCUUGGUCAAGCAGGAUUGACAAAUUCAGAGUAUUUAGACAACCUUUCAUUUAUUAGCUUGAUGGUUCUUACUCUUGAUGAUGAUGAUUAUUUCCGUCUAUUACGUGUCUUUCUAACCAUUGACUCUGAAGACAAGUCUGCUCGCUUUGUCACACGUCUUC